AUGGGAUUUCGAACACUACGAGGAGACUCCCUCGGGGUCGCCAUCAGUGGCGCCUCCGGCGCUGCCUUCCUGCUGUUUGGAUACGACAAUGGCGUCUUCGCAGGCAUCAUCAACGCGGAUUCCUUCCGUUCGCAAUUCGGAUAUCCCUCUUCCUCCAUGACCGGCACAAUCGUCGCUGUGUACAACCUAGGUUGUUUCCUCGGGUUGGAUUUGUAUCCUAGGGACCAUCCUGCAGUGUACUGCGUUUACGAUUCCGCAUCUCAUCGUGGGGAGAGUGGUGACGGGACCAUCCCUACAUGGGUCUCGGAGACGUGUAAAGCAACCCGACGCGGCGCUCUCGUCGCAUUUCAGCUCGCGAUUGUCAGUGGCGGGAUUCUCAUCGCCUACUGGCUCGACUACGGCAUGCUCUAUGCGACCGGACAGGUCGUCUGGCGCUUUCCCGUCGCCUUUCAGGCAGUCUUCUCGAUUGCCACCAUCGGGAUGGUCCACUUCCUGCCUGAAUCCCCGCGAUUGCUGUACGACAAGGGCCGGAUCACCGAAGGCGAUGAAGUGCUGUGCCGCCUGAAGGAUCUACCAUUGGAACAUCCGGUCCUGCAGAAGGAGAGAGCGGAGAUCUUCGCAGCCAUUGAACUGGAGCACAACCAGCCCAAGAUGACACUGAGAAAACUGCUGUUCGAGGAAUCGGAGCUCAAGCUACUUCGCCGCAUCAUUAUCGGAGUUUCCUGCCAGUGUAUUCAGCAGCUGACCGGUAUUGCGGUUGUGAUCGGCUAUUUGCCUUAUGUCGCGCAUAAUGAGAUCGGAUUGAGUGAACAUCUGGCUCAGAUCAUGGGAGGAAUUGGAGCUGUCAUUUACUUACUGGCUUCUUUUCCUCCGAUGUAUUUCGUGGAACGGUUUGGCCGUCGGAAGUGUCUGAUGGGAGGAUCAGCAGCCAUGACAGUCUGUUGGUUCCUGUUGAUUAUUUUCCUCGCACUUGGCGAGAAGAAGAAUAGCAAGGGACUAUUGUACGCGGGGAUUGUCAUGAUGUACAUCUAUCAGAUCGCCUUCGCCUUCAGCUGGCUGUCCGUGCCAUGGAUCUACCCCCCAGAAAUCACCCCAUUAAACAUCCGCCACGUCGGUGCUGCAAUGGCCACAUCCGCGGAAUGGCUUACAGCCUUCCUCGUGCAAGAAGUCACUCCUAUCGCCGUGACGAAGAUCGGAUGGAAAUACUACAUCGUGUUCGCCUGCGUCUGUCUGGUAUCGAUUCCCAUCGUCUAUUUCUAUUUCCCGGAAACCAGUGGCAAAUCGCUGGAGGAGAUUGAUAUGAUCUUCUCGUCGGGGAGCUUGCAUCAUCCGGGAAGCUUGAGGUCGAUGGACGAGAAAGUCAUCAGUGAUGAGAGAGAUAAGGAGGAGGAGGAGAAGCCGACUGUGGAGAAUGUGGAGGUACUGUAA